AGCCAAAUGGUUUGGCGUACAUUUUGUUUUCGCUAUGUGGUAUGCAUUAUUAAUUUGUACGUUAAAGAAAAAUCCAAGUUAUUUAAAUAAUCGUUGUUGUUUAUUUCUAUGAACUAUAAUUAUUUAAAUUUUUAAUUUUAUUUGUUGAGUAUUUAAUAUCUUAAAACACAAUACUCUCUAUUCUAAUUGUGAUUAGCUUCAUACAUUCCAACUAUACUAGACUUAUAAAAUCAAUAUAAUGAUGAAAUCACAAAAUAUUUCAUUACAAACCGAUAUUAAAUCUUAUGAAAAAUCUAAAUCUACACAAUCACCUCAAAGAGAAUAUCGAGAAGUGUGGACACAUAAAUUAGAUUUCUUAUUUUCAUGUAUAAGUGUAUCAGUUGGGCUGGGAAAUGUUUGGCGAUUUCCCUACUUAUGUUACAAGCACGGUGGUGGUGCUUUUUUAGUAAGUUAUUUCAUUUCAAUGGUGUUUUGUGGAAUACCAAUAUUUUUUCAAGAAGUUGCAAUAGGGCAGUAUUUAGGUUCUGGGGGAAUGACGUUAGUCGGAAAACUAUGUCCAAUACUUUCAGGUACAGGUUAUGCGACGAUGACAAUUGUUUUCUUAUUGGACGUUUAUUAUUGUGUCAUUGUUGCUUGGACAUUAUUUUACUUGAUGACUUGUUUCAUAUCUUUUCCAUCAUUACCUUGGGAUAGUUGUGAUAAUUGGUGGAAUACAAUACAUUGUUCAAAACCAAAUGACAUAAAUAAAUUAUUUAAUAAUACAUUUAAAUAUGAUAUAAAACAAUUGUUGAACGCAUCAUUUUCUCAAAAUCACAACUUUAAAAUGAUACAUUCAGUUCAAUUUAAUGGAUCUCAAUCAUUCACAGAGACUUCAUCAAAUUAUUAUACAAAUUUUUCUGAUUUUUGUAAUGUUCUCAAAUCUUCAUUCUUUUUGGAUGACUCAAAAGACGUGACACUUUUACAAAAUGUUACUGUUAAUUUAAAACUCGAAGGAGAUUCUAACGUUUUGAAACAGAUUCAUAACUGUUUAAAUAUAUCUUCAAUAACACCUGCUGAAGAAUAUUGGGAGAAUAGAGUGCUAAUGUUGUCAAAAGGAAUUGAAGAAAUCGGAGGAAUCCAAUGGGAAUUAUUAAUAUUAUUAGGAGUUUCGUGGAUCUUUAUUUAUUUCAUUUUGGGAAAAGGUCUUAGUCAAAGUGGAAAGAUAGUUUGGGUUAUAGCUAUGUUUCCCUAUUUGAUUAUGGGAGCUUUACUCAUUCGAGCAGUGACAUUAAAAGGUGCUGGUGACGGUGUUUCUUUUCUUAUAACUCCACGAUGGAAAAGUCUUAUGAACUCAGAUACAUGGAUUGAAGGGACCACUCAGAUAUUCUUCGGCUAUAGUGUUGGUGUAGGAACAUUACCAGCUCUAGGUUCAUUUAAUCGCUUUCAUCACAAUUGUUACAGGGAUGCAAUCUUGACUUGUUUCAUAAAUACAGUAACUUCAAUCAUACCUAGUUUGAUAACAUUUAGUAUAUUAGGCUUUAUUGCCAAUUCUCAAGGGACUACUGUGAAAGAUGUAGUUGAAAGCGGACCUGGGUUGGUUUUUAUAACAUAUCCUCAGGUGGUGCUUCAGUUGCCUGGAGCAAGAAUGUGGGCAAUCGUAUUCUUUGUUAUGCUUGCUAUGAUUGGAAUAGAUAGCGAGUUUUGUAAUGUAGAGUCAUUCAUAACUGGAUUGAUAGAUAAAUGGCCAAAAUAUUUACAUGAUAAACGAAAAAAAUUCACUAUGUUUGUAUGUGUUGCAAUGUUUAUACUAAGUUCGUUAAUGGUAACUAAUGGUGGAACGUACAUAUUUCAACUUAUGGAUACAUACGCUGCAUCAGGUGUAUCAUUACUUUGGGUGUGUUUCUUUCAAACAAUAGCGAUAUCAUGGUGUUUUGGAGCCAAUCGUUUUCAAGAUUGUAUAAACCAAAUGUUAGGUUUCCGACCGAAUAUUUUUUGGUACAUUUGUUGGGUUUACCUUGCUCCUUUAGUAAUGAUUACUGUAUUUGUGUUUUUUAUAAUAAAAUAUGAGCCUGUUACAUAUGGCAAAUCAUACACUUACCCAUGGUGGGGUGAAGGAUUAGGAAUUUUCAUUUCUUUAUUGUCAAUGAUUUGGAUACCUUUAUAUGCAUUGUAUUAUUUAAUAACACAACCUGGAACUUUACAACAACGGCUUAAACGAGGAAUUACACCAAUUUCAGAAAUUCAAUGUAGAGAGAAAACUUCUGAUAAAAUUAUUGGUAAAGAAAUUAGCAUACAACUAAUGGAAUAUAAUGGUUUAGUUUAUAAUUGUGAUAGUGAUAACACUAAAUCAAUUUGAAAAUGUAUCUAAAAGGCAUAAGAUUAAUUUCCUUUUUUUAUGAAAACUUUUUAGACGGUAUCUAUUUAUAAUAUUAUCUAGUUAUAGUUACCUCGUAAAAAAUCUACUAAUGGAGUCAAAGUUCUAGUAUGUAUAUGAACUUAUAAAACACAAGUAAUAUUGAAAAGGAAAUAAAUGUAUUUUUUAUAUUUAAUUUUCGAGAGCAAGGACUAAUUUUUGAAGAUGUUUGUACCUAAUUUUUUUUGAAAAUAUUAUAACUUAUAGACAUUAAUAAAUAUUAAUAAUGUUGGUGUAAAACAUUAACUUCUAAAUUCAAUUAUUUUAAAUUUUAUUAAGGCCAUCUAAUUAAAACUGUUGAAGUAUUCAAAUUGUACCAUGCACCAAAAUCUCGUUUAUUACUGCAUUUUUUUUUUUUAGAUUUUUCUGAUGAAAAUUUGUUAAUAAUAUGAAAUUAAAAAAAAAAACAACAUAAGAUAAAUUCCUAAAAUAUAUUAAUAUUUUUUGUAUUCACAGUCGGGUGUAACUUAAGCAUUAAUUCGAAGUAAGUUUAAAGCUUAACUCUAACCUGUAAUAGGACAAAAAAAUGUAUUAUUUAUUGACAAAAUAUCUUAUAAGUUAUAAUUUGGCAACAUAUUUAUUUGUUCUAUUUAGACAUUUAAAAUAUAUAGUUCAUAAAAUUUAA